CCAGAAUCAGUAAGCUCUUGUGAGCGCGAAGAAGAAGGAAGAUGCCGUGCCUCAACUUGUCGACGAACGUGAGCCUUGAUGGCGUUGACACCUCCGCCAUUCUCUCCGAAGCAACCUCCACCGUCGCCAACAUCAUCGGCAAACCUGCUUCCUAUGUGAUGAUUGUUUUGAAGGGCUCAAUCCCUAUGGCAUUUGGUGGGUCUGAGCAACCAGCUGCUUUUGGUGAGUUGGUUUCAAUUGGUGGCCUAAACCCCGACACCAACAAGAAACUCAGCGCUGCAAUUGCUGCUAUUCUCGAGACCAAGUUGUCGGUUCCCAAGGCGAGAUUCUUCCUCAAAUUUGUUGACUCCAAGGGUUCCGACUUCGGAUGGAAUGGUUCUACCUUCUGAAAUCUACUCCUUGUGCAACCUGUGUUCACACUCGUGAUGUGUGUUGGGUGUCAGCUGCCUGGACUUGGAAUAGGAGUAGAGUUUAU